AUGACAGACCUCCUCCAAAUCCUUCCUUCUUUCCCCCUGCGCCCCUUCGCCGCUCUCAUCCCAACCAUUGAGCAAAAUGCUCUCACGACAAUAGACCUCCUUACUCUUCAUCCCGCCGAUAUCGCCAAGCAGACACGCCUCCCUAUCCUUGAUCUCAAGCGUCUGAUAGCCGCGGUGCAGGCUUCUCUCUCGGACGACCUUACGCCUCAGCAGCCGCUUCUGCAACCAGAACCUGAUCCUGAUGCUGAGUCUAGUGAGCAGCUGGAGCCCAGGGUCAUCAGUACUCUUGAUGAUGGCCUCGAUGCUGCGUUGGGAGGCGGCGUGCCCGUGGGUGUAAUCACAGAAAUCACUGGUGAAAGCGGCGCUGGAAAGACUCAGGCCCUUCUAUCGCUUUGUCUCGCCGUUCAACUUCCGCCUCCUCAUGGUAUCGGUCGCGAGGCCGUUUACAUCUCAACUGAAGCAGCUCUCGCUACGAGCCGUCUUGCUCAGAUGCUAAAAUCAAAUCCUAUCCUCCAACAAUACGAUGACCCUGACACUCGGCCUUCGCUCGAUGCUAUUCACAGCGCCGUCACUCCAGAUCUCGAAACCCAAGACCAUAUCCUAGAUUUCCAGGUCCCCGUUCUACUAUCCCGCCACAACAUCGGUCUCAUCAUCCUUGACUCUGUAGCCGCAAACUACCGCGCCGAGUUUGAGCGGCAAGGCUCUCACGGCUCUAAUAUGGCCGCACGAAGUGCUGAACUUGUCCGUCUCGGCGCUCUUCUGCGCGACCUUGCCCGCAGGCAUAAUCUAGCUGUUGUUGUGGCCAACCAAGUCGCCGAUCGGUUCUCAUCCAGCUCUGUACCACGACAUGCACCUCCUAGAAGCAGCGGCGUCGUUUAUGAGAGUCCCCUUGCCUCACGGAGUAUGCCUCCUCCCUCCUCUACACAUUUCCCCAGCACGCCCUCGUCAUCACUGCCGUUUUCCUUACAAGACCCCGAAGGUCCUCCACCGCUACCUGCUCUAAUGCUUGACCACCAACAGCGUUGGUUCACAGGCUGGGGCGACGAUCCUCACGCCUCUUACUCGCUCAAGACGCCCAGUCUGGGUCUCGUAUGGUCGACGCAGAUUGCCUGUCGAGUUGCGCUGUUCAAGCGGCCUUUUUAUGGCCGUAUAAGACAAGCUGGGCCGGUGACUGCAGAGGACGACUCUGACUUGGCGGCCCCGACACUGCGAGGGUGGCGAAGAUGGAUGAAAGUUGUCUUUGCGCCCCAUGUAGCCUCAACUGGCCAGGGCUUGGACGGGGCGGUUGAGUUUGAGGUUACAAUGGGAGGGCUGAAGACCAUCAAGAUUCAGAAAGUAAAACGCCAAUAA